AUGACUCAAAUAGAAAGAAGAGAAAAACGGUAUGAAGCAAUGGCAGAUGAUUUAGCAAUUGUUAAUCAGGGAUUAAUAUAUACGGAAUUAAAUGAAAUGUUCUCUAAAUUUAUGGAGAAUGAUGGAUAUGCUGGAAUGGAUUACAAGCCGUAUACUAGUCCAAUUGAAAUAACACUUAAGCUGGGCAAGCCAUCUGGUAUGCUAGAGGAUAAUAAGUUAAGGAUUAAGCAGCUUAUAUCAUUAAUACAGAUGAGAUUUAGACUAGAAGAAGGAUCUGUCUCUAUAUUCAUAGAGCAAGUAAAGAACAGAGCACUUAAUGCACAGAUACAGGCUGAUUUAAUCAAGGAGAAAUUAGGAGCAGGUCUUCCUGUUAGAAGGGUAGUCUCUGGUGCCAUUAGAACCAUAAUGGAGGGAGGUGCAUCUGGUGCUGAAGUGAUUAUCUCAGGGAAAUUAAAGGGGCAAAGAGCCAGGAGUUAUAAAGUAUCUGAGGGUAUCUUAAAGCACUCUGGUAAUUCAACCAAGGAUUACGUCAAGAAGGGAAUGUCCAGUAUACUCUUAAAGCAGGGUAUCCUUGGAAUAAAAGUGGGUAUUACACUGAAAUAUGAUCCAACUGGGAAGGUGGGUACUCCUGUGCAGCACCCAAGCAAUGUGACUAUUUUCUCACAGGAAGAACUUGAGCAGAUGAGGAAAGUAAAGACUGCUAAGCCAGUAAAGGCGUACAGUCACAGCAAAUAA